AUGAGUACAGGCGGCGUUCGUAUGCGAUCAUCUUGGAGGUGUCAGGAGAUUGGUGCUAAUAAACAAGGUGUAUUUCUCCUCACUUUCUUUAGUUAUGUCAUGUUUCAUGCGAUUCGUAAGAGUUUUUCAUCCAUUAAGGGCCAAAUGGGAGACGAGCAAUGGAUUCACUCAAAAGUGUACGCAAAGGAUCAACAGGUUGAAAUGUACGGACUCAUGGAUACACUUUUUAUGGCAUUUUAUGCAUUGGGAUUAUAUAUUAGCGGUAUAAUAGGGGACAAGAAUGAUUUACGAUGGAUGAUUACAGGAGGAAUGUGGGCAACAGCAAUGAUUGGCGUGAUAUUUGGACUCGGGGCAUUGGCAGAUAUUCAUGCCUUGAGUUUCUAUGCUGUACUAUGGGGUCUCAAUGGUCUUGUUCAAUCGAGUGGAUGGCCAGCAAAUGUGGCCGUUAUGGGCAAGUGGUUUGAUCAUACAGAACGUGGCGCUGUGCUUGGGAUUUGGAGUGGGAAUGCCUGUUUGGGUAAUAUCGCGGUCUCAGUACUUGCAGCGAUCCAUGGACUGCUCGUGUUCUUGUUCCUUUAUCCGAACCCACAGGACAUACAGUACCGUCAUGAAUUACUUGAAGAAGCAAAACCGGAAACCGUGGCAACCAAAGACGACAUGAUAAAAGAUGCUGAGAACGAGACGAAAUCUACAACUAUUGGCUUUUAUGAAGCCUGGUGUAUUCCAGGAGUCCUUCCAUACUCUUUGUCAUACGCCUGCCUCAAAUCCGUCAAUUAUGCAUUGUUCUUUUGGAUUCCAUUUUACCUUACGGUAUCGCUUCAGAUGGAAAACUCUGAGGCUGGUUCUUUUUCGAUGCUGUACGACGUCGGGCAAAUUGCUGGUGGCUUUGUCGGCGGAAUGGCGUCAGACAAGAUGGGAGUGCGGUCGCCUGUUGUUGUAAGUAUGUUGCUCCUCUCCUGCAUCACAUUGUAUUUUAUGGACGGAGCUACGUAUGAAAUGACAGCAGUGCUACUGCUUGCGUCGGGUUUCAUGCUAGGUGGUCCGGCAAACUUGAUUAGCACCGCUAUCUCUGCAGAUCUAGGUACUCACAAGAGUAUUCGUGGCAAUGCGGAAGCGCUUUCUACUGUUACCGGCAUUAUCGACGGAACUGGUAGCGUUGGUGCUGCCCUUGUGCAGUACCUCGUGGGAUACUUGGCGAAUUGCCAGUAUGAGCCGAAAGGUUGCGAUCCAAAAAGCGUCCAUUGUGUGCAAGUGUGUUCAUGGGGUCCAGUGUUUGUUCUGCUUGAGGUGGGUACUAUUUUGUCGUGCGUGUGUCUUGCACAGCUGCUGCACCAUGAACUACGGCUCCUUCAGAGUCGUCGUCGAUGCUGCACUGCGGGCAAUGAACAAUAA